UGAAUUAUAAUUGAGUUGAGGUCGUAUUUGGCACUGAUCAAUUGUUCGGGUCGUAUUUGGCACGACUGAAAUAGUUUGGGUCGAAAUUGGCACUUUUCCCUACAAUUGACAUAGUCUUUUCUAAUUGAGCUACUGACCUUUCUAGAUGAGCAAAAACAUCAUCUUCAGGCAACUGAUAGUUAUGAACUCUGUCUUCUUCUUUCCGUAUUGGUCUAAUCUUAAUAUCCAUCUGAAAAAAUACCAGAUACGUGACUCUCACGUUAUUCCUCUCAUCUGUUCUCUCAACAACAAUUUCUCUUUCUUCAAGAUUGAUUCUCCAUUCUGCUUUACCUUCUGUCGGAACGUUACAUCUCACAACAAGAGAGUGGAGAAUCAAUUUGGUGAGAAUUCCAAAAUUAAUCGUGCUUAUUGGAGUAAAAAAAAUGACGGAUGUUAUAUUGGAAAAUGAUUCUUAUAUGGUGGGAGGGAAGCCAGAGUACAUAAAAAGAUUAUGAGGUAACUGUAAGAAUAAUAAAUAAGUCUUUGGCAUUCCAAAAAUUAAUACAUGGAUCAUACAGAUAGUGAAGCUCAUAAACUGAAUGAAGGGCGUGGGGGACGCAGGGUGGUAGAGGCACUUAAGGGCACUCGUACGAGAUACUCUUUUCAUGAGUUUGCUAAUUCAAUUAUUUUACAACUAAUAAUAUUAACACAACUAGAUACUCUUUCCCAAGAUAUUAUUACCCAUUGGUCAUGCUAUUAUAUUAUGUUUUUCAGUAAUAAAAAUUCUACUUACUAAAUUAAGUUAUAUUGUUAUAAGCGGAGACAUUACAUAUUUGUUAAACUAAGAAGAGUCAUUGAUCAGCCAUUUUCUCCCGUUCCAAGAAAUCAGCCAUAUCAUAUGCUCAUUCUAUUUACAUUUUCCUCCCAAAAACAAACUCCAUAUCUCUUGUUUAUGUUUCACUCACAGCAACUAUAAAAUAAAAUAAAACCCAAGUGUUCUCCAAUUUUAAAUAAAACCUAAUUAAUACUUAAUUUAAAAUGUUUAUUGCCAAGAUGAACACCCGAGAACAAGUAGGUGAAUUCUCUAAACUCUUCAAUGCUUUCAUGACUGUAAUGAGGAGAUUCAUAUUCAAAGUUCUAUGCGUCGGUCCAAUCCCUAACCACAUAUCAUUCAUCAUGGAUGGUAACCGCAGAUUCGCCAAGAAACAUAAUCUUCAAGGCCUAGACGCAGGACACAGAGCCGGUUUCGUAUCCGUAACAUAUGUUCUUCAGUACUGCCAAGAGAUUGGUGUGCCGUACGUCACACUCUACGCCUUUGGUAUCGAUAAUUUCAAGAGAGAGCCUGAAGAAGUCAAGUGUAUGAUGGAUCUGAUGCUUGAGAAAAUCGAGCUCACAAUCGAUCAAGCUAUCUCCGGGAAUCUAAAGGAUUUGAAAGUGAUCUUUGCUGGUGAUUUGAAUUUGCUAAACGAGCGUCUUAAAGUCGCAGCUCAGAGACUGAUGGAACUUACUGAAGAGAAUAGGGGUUUAGUGGCUGUGGUUAUCGUUGCGUACAGCACAAGUCACGAGAUUGUUCAGGCUAUUAGAGAAUCUUGUGUAAGGAAGUGUGUGGAUGGAGAUAGCCCUCUGGUCUUGGAGAUGAGCGAUGUUGAAGAGUGUAUGUAUACAUCAAUUGUUCCUGAUCCGGAUCUUGUAAUAAGAUCAGGAGGAAUAGAUAGGCUGAGUAACUUCAUGACUUGGCAGAGUUCAAGGUCUCUUCUUCAUACCACGGCAGCUCUUUGGCCGGAGUUAGGUCUUUGGCAUUUGGUUUGGGCCAUUCUUAAAUUCCAGAGGAUGCACGAUUACUUGCAGAAGAAGCAAAAACUUGACUAGAUAGUUAUUAAGUUGAACCCUAGCAGAACAGAUUAUAGGACAAUAAACAUUUUAAAUUAAGUAUUAAUAAAAAAAAUGUUUUUACAAAGUAGUUGCAUAAAACCAAUGUAUAUUAGUUCUUUAAAAUUUGUAAAAUUUAGUUAGUGUUUCAUUA